UCGCUCCAGUCCUGCAGGUGACGAGCGCGAGCCACUGAGCGCAGAGAGAGCACGCGCUGCACCAGUCGAAGUGCACGCGGACAAAGCGGACGUGCGCGUGCGCUACUUCCUUUCUCUUCCGCAGCUCGCAACGCCUCAGCAUGCCGCCCAAGGAUAGCAAGCAGAAGAAGGAUGCGGGCAAGUCCAAAAAGGACAAGGAUCCCGUCAACAAAUCCGGAGGCAAAGCGAAGAAGAAGAAGUGGUCCAAAGGAAAGGUGAGGGACAAGCUGAACAACCUGGUCCUCUUCGACAAGGCCACAUAUGAUAAACUGUACAAAGAAGUUCCCAACUACAAGCUGAUCACCCCCGCUGUGGUUUCUGAGAGACUGAAGAUCAGGGGCUCGCUGGCCAGGGCUGCCCUUCAGGAGCUGCUCGGCAAAGGUCUUAUCAAGCUGGUGUCCAAGCACAGGGCUCAGGUGAUCUACACCAGAAACACCAAGGGCACAGAUGAGGUAGUUCCGGAGAAGGAGGCAUAACAUGAUUCCACCUUGGCUUGAGUUUAUGGUCUUUUGUAUAGGUAAAUAAACCACAAAAUGGAA